AUUGUUCUUCCUUUGAAGUGCUGAGUCACCAAUGUUGAACUACUUCUGCAUGUCGUUGAUUCCGUUGUGCUGCAUACACUGUAUCCCAUCUUGUUGUUGUUAUUGUUAUUUGUUUUCCCCGGCAGCAGAAUAACCAGGUUAUGUGACAGAUGAAAAAUGGUUCACUGUCAAUUCAGUCAUUCUUGUUUGAAUUCAGUGACAAAGAAUGUGAGAGAAAAAUCUCCAAUCUCAGAUUUGGUGACAUUGUGGACAGAUUCUUCAUUAGAGUGAGCAGCAAUGGCCCUCACAACCUUGCAGUUUGGACAGUGUGGAAAUCAAGUGGGACACGAGUUGUUCUCAACGUUAGCAAAAGACAUACAUUCCCCGAAGCCAGGUGUUUCAGCUCGAGACAAUGAGUUGUACAUUCAAAACUCCGUAAAUCAGUGGUUUGAGGAAGAUGUGGACUCUAAAAAACUAUUUGCUCGAGCCGUUCUUGUUGAUACUGAAAACAAAGUUGUACAAGAGUCAUUUAAGAAGCAAUCAUCAAACAGGCAAUGGGCGUACAAUGAACGUACGUGUGCUGUGCGAAGUGGAGGGGCAGGUAACAACUGGGCGCUCGGAUACCAAAGAAAAGGUCCAGAGCUUCUGGAGAGCGUUUCUGAAGCUCUUCGCUUUCAAAAUGAGAAAGUUGAUCGGUUAUCAGGUAUUUUCAGUAUUAUGAGCUCAGCUGGAGGAACUGGAUCAGGAGUUGGAAGUUACAUCAUGGAAAAUAUUCGGGACGAAUAUUCAAAGAAGGCCUUCUUCAAUGCUGUAGUUUUACCCUUUGAGGCAGGUGAAGUAGUUACACAGUCUUAUAAUACUUUGCUUAGCUUGGCCAAAAUUUUGAGUGUGUCAGAUGCCACUCUCCUGCUUCAAAAUGAUCAUUUGCAUAGUAUGCUGUCUAGUUUGUUGAAUUUCAAAACUGUUGGCAUUGGUGAUUUGAACUCCCUUAUUGCUUUGAAGAUGGCCGGAAGCUUCCAGCCUCUUCAAGAAACCCCAUUCUCCAUGAAAUUGAAUAUGUCUGAUAUUAUCGCCCGCAUCGCUCCCCAUCCUGCCUUUAAAUAUUUUUGCAUUAAAUCAUCACCACAUGUACCAAAAGAAAGCCGAAGAUUUGAUGGAGGGUGUCAAUGGAGUGUGCUGGCAAAGCAUAUGAGGCAAAUGCUUCGAACAAAUAUUUUAAGUUCUGAUUCAGUAUCCCUGGAUUGGGAACUUAAACAACCAUCCUCUGUCCCGCCAUCAGUUCAUUCUACCACACAGUUUUCAUGCAGUGUCGCUAACCAUCUUGUAACUCGAGGACUAGCAUUUUCAAAUAAUCAAUACCGUCCCGAGGAAGAUUUUGUUGGCAGAGGUAUGCACCCCAGAUGGGCGCCUGAAAAUGCUGCCUUUACACAUAGCCAUCAAACUCGCAGGUUCAAUGAUCAAGAUAAAUUUGCCUUCCUUGUCUCAAAUAAUAGUCAGCUUCAUGUGCCACUUAAUACUGUUGUUGAUAAAGCUUGGAAAAUGUUUACUCACAAGGCCUACAUGUACCAGUACCUGAGAUUUGGUCUUAUGGAGGAAGACUUUGUUGAUGCAUUUGUUAAAUUAGAGUCUGUAGUGAAGGCUUACAAAGAGCUUGGCAAAAAUCAAAUGUCAUAUAUUUAAGAGACCGCAAAAAGUGUUAUCAUUAUUUUAAUUAACUGUGUGCCAUGUGCUAAAUGUUGUGAUAUGUACAAGAUUGUAAAUAAAAUUUUGA